CCAACAUCCACAGUGAAACCAGUCCAGCAGAGGAUUCUGGGAGACUGAUCCCGCGGGACACCGAAGGAAACUCAGCUGGUGUCACAACGAGCCUGCAGCCUGCAGUGUCUCUGCAGGACCUCCUCCUCACCGCACCUGACAGAGCUUCCAGCAGUCAAGACAGAGUCCUGCACCCACCGGGUCAACACCUGGUUCGGUCCGGAUGAAGCCGUACAGGAAGUGGCUGCUAGUCCUCCUGCUGGCCUGGCUCCUCCUCUUCCUGUCCCUGCUCUGUCACUUCCUGGACCUCAGGUCUUCCCGGCUGCCUUGGUCUGGACUCAGCAGGACUGAAACCCACCACCUGGCCUCUUCAGAGAAGGACUGGAGGAGUAGGAGGACUGACUUCAGGUCCAGAUCUGAGGACUACUACAGGUCCAGGUCUUUGGAAAUCCUGCAGAGACUCUGGACCGGGAACCUGACGGUGGAGAUGCUCAGUCCUCGUCUGCAGAAGGUCCUGAAGGUCCAGCUGAGCUCCAACAGGCACCAGGUGACAUACCAGGGCCCGCGGAGGGACUGCAGGUCUGGUCUGCAACUGUACUGUGAGCUGAAGAGGAGGACCAGGAUCCGGACUGUGGAUGGGACUCAGGAGCCAUUCUCCGGUCUGGGCUGGGCCCGGCUGGUGCCUUCACUGCCCCUGCAGCAGAUCAGGGCAUCUCGGUAUCAGAGCUGCGCCGUAGUGACCUCAGCCGGAGCCAUCCUCAACUCAUCGCUGGGGAGGGAGAUCGAUUCCCAUGAUGCAGUUCUUCGCUUCAACGCCGCCCCUACCAAAGGCUUCGAGAGGGACGUGGGAACCAAGACCACAAUCCGCAUCAUCAACUCACAGAUCGUUGCCCGGCCCAAACACCAGUUCAACAGCAGCUCGUUGUAUCAGGACGUCACCCUGCUGCUCUGGGAUCCAGCUCCGUACUCCUCCAACCUCACCGAGUGGUUCGAGAAGCCGGACUUUGAUCUGUUCUCGGCUUAUGUUGAACGCCGUCGCCUCCGACCUGAGCAGCCAUUUUACAUCCUCCAUCCGGAGUUCAUCUGGAGCCUGUGGGACCUGAUCCAGGACAACACCGGAGUCCAGAUCCAGCCCAACCCGCCCUCGUCAGGCUUCACAGGGAUCCUGUUGAUGAUGUCACUGUGUGGUGAGGUCAGCGUGUACGAGUUCAUCCCAUCAGUCCGUCGCACCGACCGCUGUCAUUACUACGAGCGGUACCACGACGCCGCCUGCACGCUGGGAGCGUACCACCCUCUGCUGUACGAGAAGCUGCUGAUCCAGAGGAUCAAUGUGGGCCCCCAGGACCAGCUGAGGACCAAGGGCAAGGUCACUCUGAGGGGGUUCAGGACGGUCCGGUGCGGGUCGUGAACCAGGUUUAAGACUCUGAGGGGGUUCUGGACGGUCCGGUGCGGGUCGUGAACCAGGUUUAAGACUCUGAGGGGGUUCAGGACGGUCCGGUGCGGGUCGUGAACCAGGUUUAAGACUCUGAGGGGGUUCAGGACGGUCCGGUGCGGGUCGUGAACCAGGUUUAAGACUCUGAGGGGGUUCAGGACGGUGAAGACUCCUUUUUUAAGUUUCCUUAUAAAAUGUUAAAUGUUUUUUAGAUUAUUUUAAUAUGUUUUUGUAUUAAAUGUAAGUUGUUUUUUAACUCUCAUGGGAGCUAGUUUUCUGAUGUUUCAUUAUUUUCACUGUUAAUCAAAAAUAAUUUUAAUGUGAGAAAGUUUUAUUGGUUCAUCAGUUUUGAGUUUACAUUCAUUUUGUUGUAAUUGUAAUCUGUUAACUUUAGAAACAUCAACAGAGUUUUGAUAAAUGAAGUCGAUGAAAUUAUGUCUUUAUUUUUAUGU